AUGAGUGCUUCGGGGAGUCUGGCUGACCAGGCCGUUGUUCAUGCAUACCGUCACCUCUAUCGACAGGGGCUGAGAACCAUCAGAUAUGCCACUCCCGGCCGCCACGUUCUGCGCUCAACGUUGCGGACCUCCUUUCGCUCCACUCCACGCGAUGAGUUUGAUCCGUCGAGGAUCGCCAAUACCCUCCGCUUCCUCGAGCGUGCCGCCGAUGCCACGGGCUUCGAGCACAAAAUCGUGAAGAAUCUACUGUUUGCUAGGUAUUGGGAACUGCCCAAUAUUGCCAAAGAGUCACGCACGUAA